ACUCGCUCGGUCUGUAGAUCGUUGUCUCUUAAAUAGAUGCAUGAUGCCAGGCCAGAUGCAUUAAUAUUAAUAAUAAAAUAAUUAAUAAAGCAAAUGCAAACAAAAAACAAAUAGAGAAUAGGGUGGAAUAGUGGAAAUAAAAAAUGAAAUAUAAAAUACUAUGAUUUUUGUAUCGCCCAGUGAUUUUGUGUUCAGUUUAUUAACUAUGGAAUCUAACAAUGAAAUUAAGAAAGAGUCCAUUGAAUGUGGCCAAAGACACAUGGAGAAUCUAUCAGCAGCUAGGGCAGUAAAAGCUGAAAUUAAGGAAGAGUUUUUUGAAGAUAAUCCAAGAUAUAUAGAGACUCAGUUAUCCACCUCCUUUGAUCUGACAGACUUGAAGUUGGAGAAUGAAGCAGAUGAGGAUGUCUCAGAUCAAGCAGUAAAAGCUGAAAUUAAGGAAGAUUUUGUCAAAGAUGAUCCAAGAUAUAUAGAGAGUCAGCUAUCUACCUCCCUUGAUUUCGGAGACUUGAAGGAUGAAUAUACCUCAGAUCAAGCAGUAAAAGCUGAAAUUAAGGAAGAUUUUGUCAAAGAUGAUCCAAGAUAUAUAGAGAGUCAGCUAUCUACCUCCCUUGAUUUCGGAGACUUGAAGGAUGAAUAUACCGCAGCUAGGGCAGUAAAAGCUGAAAUUAAGGAAGAGUUUUUUGAAGAUAAUCCAAGAUAUAUAGAGACUCAGUUAUCCACCUCCUUUGAUCUGACAGACUUGAAGUUGGAGAAUGAAGCAGAUGAGGAUGUCUCAGAUCAAGCAGUAAAAGCUGAAAUUAAGGAAGAUUUUGUCAAAGAUGAUCCAAGAUAUAUAGAGAGUCAGCUAUCUACCUCCCUUGAUUUCGGAGACUUGAAGGAUGAAUAUACCUCAGAUCAAGCAGUAAAAGCUAAAAUUAAGGAAGAUUUUGUCAAAGAUGAUCCAAGAUAUAUAGAGAGUCAGCUAUCUACCUCCCUUGAUUUCGGAGACUUGAAGGAUGAAUAUACCGCAGGCUUUCUUGGAGAUGAAAACACAUCGGAAACUACGAAAACAGUACUUGUACAUUCAUGUGAUAAGGAACAACCUAUAGAAGAAAAAACAAAUUGUAAAAUUUGUUCUAAGCAACUUUCCCACAGGAGUUCAUUAAAGGAAAACAUGAUAGUUCACACAGGACAAAAGCCUUACACUUGCGAAAUUUGUUUUAAGCAGUUCAAUAGCGCAAGUAAUUUGAAAAGACAUGUAAGAACACAUAUAGGAGAAAAACCUUACAAGUGUGAAAUUUGUUUUAAGCAUUUUACUGCAAGAAGAAAUUUGGAUGACCACACGAAAGUUCACACUGGCGAAAACAAGUGCGAAAUUUGCUUUAAGGCGUUUACUAAAUCAAGAUAUUUAGAAUUGCAUAUGAGAUUGCACACUGAAGAAAAACCUUACAAGUGUGAAAUUUGUUUCAAGAGGUUUACCGACUCAGGGGUUUUGAAAAGACAUGCGAGAACACAUACGGGAGAAAAACCUUACAAGUGUGAAAUUUGUUUCAAGCAAUUUGUUCAAGCACAUAAUUUGAAAGUACAUUUGAGAGUGCACAAUGGAGAAAAACCUCACAAGUGUGAGAUUUGUUUUAAGCAUUUUAAUUCAGCAAGUAAUUUGAAAGUACAUUUGAGAGUGCACACUGGGGAAAAACCUUUCAAGUGUGAAAUUUGUUUAAACCAGUUUGGUACUGCACAUUAUUUGAAAGUACAUUUGAGAGGGCACACUGGGGAAAAACCUUACAAGUGUGAAAUUUGUUUAAACCAGUUUGGUACUGCACGUGAUUUGAAAGUACAUUUGAGUGUGCACACUGGGGAAAAACAUUACAAGUGUGAAAUUUGUUUAAACCAGUUUGGUACUGCACGUGAUUUGAAAGUACAUUUGAGAGUGCACACUGGGGAAAAACCUUACAAGUGUGAAAUUUGUUUUAAGCAUUUUACUGUAAGAAGAAAUUUGGAUGACCACACGAAAGUUCACACUGGCGAAAACAAGUGCGAAAUUUGCUUUAAGGCGUUUUCUAAAUCAAGAUAUUUAGAAUUGCAUAUGAGAUUGCACACUGAGGAAAAACCUUACAAGUGUGAAAUUUGUUUCAAGAGGUUUACCGACUCAGGGGUUUUGAAAAGACAUGUGAAAACACAUACAGGAGAAAAACCUUACAAGUGUGAAAUUUGUUUCAAGCAAUUUGUUCAAGCACAUAAUUUGAAAGUACAUUUGAGAGUGCACAAUGGAGAAAAACCUCACAAGUGUGAGAUUUGUUUUAAGCAUUUUAAUUCAGCAAGUAAUUUGAAAGUACAUUUGAGAGUGCACACUGGGGAAAAACCUUUCAAGUGUGAAAUUUGUUUAAACCAGUUUGGUACUGCACAUUAUUUGAAAGUACAUUUGAGAGGGCACACUGGGGAAAAAACCUUACAAGUGUGAAAUUUGUUUAAACCAGUUUGGUACUGCACGUGAUUUGAAAGUACAUUUGAGUGUGCACACUGGGGAAAAACAUUACAAGUGUGAAAUUUGUUUAAACCAGUUUGGUACUGCACGUGAUUUGAAAGUACAUUUGAGAGUGCACACUGGGGAAAAUCCUUACAAGUGUGAAAUUUGUUUUAAGCAUUUUACUGCAAGAAGAAAUUUGGAUGACCACACGAAAGUUCACACUGGCUAAAACAAGUGCGAAAUUUGCUUUAAGGCGUUUACUAAAUCAAGAUAUUUAGAAUUGCAUAUGAGAUUGCGCACUGGGGAAAAACCUUACAAGUGUGAAAUUUGUUUUAAGGGGUUCAGUAAAUCAGGAAAUUUAAAAUUGCAUAUGAGAUGGCACACUGAGGAAAAACCUCACAAAUGUGAAAUUUGUUUAAAGCAGUCUGCUACAGCAAGUGAUUUGAAAAAACAUUUGAGAGUGCACACUGGAGAAAAACCUUUUAAGUGCGACAUGUGUUUCAAGCAGUUUUCUCAGAAAGUUAAUUUAAAGAACUCAUACUUAAUAAAAUCACUACUAAAAGUAAUUUAAAAUCACCUUUGGAAACUCAUACUCACAGGCGUGCGCAGCAUAUUUCUAAUAUGGGUGCCGACACUAAUUUUCGCGCCCCUACCCCCCUAACUUUAUAAUAAAUUUCAUUUUCUACAAUAUUAAAAAAUGUUACAGGAGCAAAGUGAAAAAUAAAAAAGUUUUUCAAUUCUUUGUAUCUCUUCUAGUUAACAAUUGUUU